CACGCGCGGCCAUUUCCGCUCCUCCGUCCGUGCGGCUUUCCGACUCCGCCGACUUCGGCUGCUGUUGGAGAGCGGCGAGCCAACGGGACCGCAGCCAUGACUGAGGCUGAUGUAAAUCCGAAGGCUUAUCCCCUUGCAGAUGCCCACCUCACCAAGAAACUGUUGGACCUCGUUCAGCAGUCAUGUAACUACAAGCAACUUCGGAAAGGAGCCAAUGAGGCCACCAAAACUCUCAACAGAGGCAUCUCUGAGUUCAUUGUGAUGGCUGCAGAUGCUGAACCUCUGGAGAUCAUCCUGCACCUCCCACUGCUAUGUGAAGACAAGAAUGUGCCCUAUGUGUUUGUGCGUUCCAAGCAGGCCCUAGGGCGGGCCUGUGGAGUUUCCAGGCCUGUCAUUGCCUGUUCUGUCACCAUCAAAGAAGGCUCUCAACUGAAGCAGCAGAUCCAGUCCAUUCAGCAGUCUAUUGAAAGGCUCUUAGUCUAAACCUGUGGCCGGCCUCUGCCCUGCUCUCCCCACCAACCCCACCCCCAGGGUUGUUUUUCGCCAUCUCCCCUUCUACCCUUAGCCGUUCUUUUACUCUCCCUUUUAAAAAAUGAGCCAGUACCCAAAACAGAUAGCAGAAUCGUGGCACCUAAGGCAGGAAGAGCCAGUAGCAACCUGCCUGAGCCAGGAGAGGCAUCUCUUGCAGCUUUCAUCCACUCACUCCCACGUGUGCAGGAUGGGAUGGGAAUGGACACUGGCCACUCUGACUUAGAGUCCCUGGCAUACAGACUCUCUGUACAUGUUAUCAUGAUGUCCUUCUCUCACCUACUCUCCCCUCAAGAUUAUGUGCCAUUUGGGGAGGAAACAGGUGUUCUUUGAAGUUAUUGGGCUUAUGUCCCGUGUGCUUUUGGUAAUGUGAUGUUAAAUUCUUGCCCCAGCUACACCCUGAGGGUGACAGAGCAGCAGCAUAGCUGCAGGACUCCAAAGACAACAUGGGUGAACAGGCAGGGGGACAAUCGACCUGGAUCUUGGAAGAGUCAGGAGUGGCAAGGGAAAAAGUAUCAUCUGGUGCUGGAAUGAGGGAUUCUGGGGAAAUCAUGGAGACCUGGCUGGAAGCUACAGAGAGAUGAUGGGAUCCAGGAAGCAUCCUCUUUGAAUGGAAUUUCUUCGGUGGCCACUUAGCACCAGCUCUGGAGCCCUCACCCAUUUCCUGCCACAACAUGGUCAGAUAUUCUUUGUCCCAGGAGAGUGUUCAUUCUUGA